AUGGAACCUGUGUCUGGAGACAAUUUUUUUUUUUUUUCCUUAAAAACCACAGCUACCAUUUGGGAAGCCCCAGCUGGGGCAAGGCGUGGAAACCACAAGCCGACGAGGAUGGGAUUCGAACCCACGCGUGCAGAGCACAAUGGAUUAGCAGUCCAUCGCCUUAACCACUCGGCCACCUCGUCCUGGCACUAUGAGGUGUUCCCAAACUGCUCUUCAUGGCAGCCGGACCAGUUUUCAUCCUCAUCCAUGGCGUGCGCGUCCAGCCCCACCGGACAGCCAGCAGAGGGCGCCGCAGGGCCGCGGCCCCGGGCGCAGGGCGGAGUGGGGGCGGUGGGCAGAGCUGGUCCGUUUCCGGGGGGACCUGACACCGCAGCAUCCAAAGUGUCGGCCGGGACCGCACCCCCGGGAGCUGACCUGCAGCCCCUGGGCCUCGCCUCGCCCAAAGCCCCCUCCCACGUCGCCGUCUCUGGGAGGGAGGGGCGUGUGGGCGAACCGGCAGGAUAA